AUGCGUGAAGAGCAACAAAGACGGCGAAUGGUGGAGACCAAGCGGAACCGGGAGAUUGCCCAGUUGAAGAAAGAGCAACGUAGGCAAGAGUAUCAAAUCCGAACUCUGGAAUCUCAGAAGCGACAGCAGGAGAUCGUCUUGCGCAGGAAAACCCAAGAGGUCUCUGCUUUGCGUCGUCUAGCCAAACCUAUGACUGAUAGGGUAGCUGGGAGGAUUAACCAGAAACAAACCAUGGGAGAGCCCGGUGCUGAAGUCUCCACCAGCACUAUCACCUCCUUAGAGCCAGAAUCAGGUUCUCGUUCUGUCUCUAGCAUUGUACGCCAGUGGAAUAGAAAAACCAAUGCUUUGCUGGGAGAUUCUCCUUCUUCCUCAAACGGAACUCGGACAAUCAG